GUCUGCCCCCCCAGGACAUCAUCUCAACUCAUCUUGGCCCCCCUCCCAACCCACAUUUACCCUCUUAUCCAUCUCUCUCAGCUCUCCGGGUCCCGCAGCCCAUUUGCUCCCUGACGCAAGAACCGCAACGCACAAGAUGGCACUAGAAGAGGACACCUCCGCCCUCGAGCUUCGCUUCGCAAAGGCCCUGUCUGUGCUAGAGCAGAUCGGGCAAGAAGACCUGGGAAUGGUGCCUUCGAACGACGAGAAGCUUCAACUCUAUGGGCUCUACAAGCAGGCGACCGUGGGGCCGGUGUCGACGCCGAGGCCGGGGAUAUUUGAUUUGGUGGGCAGAUCAAAGUGGGAUGCAUGGAAGAAGCAAUAUCAUCUGAGUCCCAUCCAAGCCAAAGAGGCUUAUGUUACAGUCGUGGCUGACUUCUUGAGGAAAUUUCCAGACAGACCACUGGGAGCCGAGGUCAUCGAGUACUUUGAACUCUCCCGUGCCGGCUUGGCCCCACCGUAUGAUUCCGACGACGAACACAGCGAUCGAGGGCUGGAUGACGUGGAAGUGCCUGUGGAUGUGCACUUCCCUGAGUCGGAUCACCAUUCGGACGAUAACUUGAUUGGCUCCCCUCCACGCGGGUUCGAUGGGGACGAUCGCCAUCACCCACAUCCCUUUCACCCACAUCCGGGAACCGCGGACUUCCUCUCAGCCUCUCCACCAACUAUCACACCGCUACCAUCUCUUUCUUCUUCGGCUGGACCAAUCCAACAGCAGCAGCUUCCAUCGAACCCCCGUCAACAAGCCCCAACGGAACCCCGGCCCAGCGACGACCUUACAUCCACAUCGCGCACCCCGAUAGUAAACGACCUAAUCGAACGCGUCCGCGCCCUCGAAGUCGAACUCUCAACCAUGCACAGCGAUCUGACAACCCAACGGAACCACAUUCACACCGUCCUCCGGCGCCAAGGCCGUCCCGGCGUGGUGCGGGCCAUCAUCCGCACGGUCCUGAAAUUGGUCGCGUCGACGUGCUGGAACCUCAUCUGUGCGUUUGCGGCGUUGUGGGUGUUUGGGUACCGCCCGACGGCGCAGAGCAAGUUUGUGGAGUGGCUGAUUUGGAUGGUUAUGAAGAGGAAUCAGAUAAAUGGCGCCUUGCUGGAUUAGCUUUUAGGAGGAAUGUGUGGGAAAUCAGGCCUUCAUCCCAUCGGCGCCCGGGGUUCGGUCGUGCCAUUGCACUCGGGGAUUCAGUGGAAGUCGAGGAAACCCAGCAUCCGUCAGGUCGAGGCACAGGAAUGCUGCGCGCAGGAUUUCUGUGCGCAGGGGCCGGGACAACACAACGCGUACUUCGGUACAUCCUUUCCCUUGAUUGUUUCGGCCAGCCCUUAGUCUAAUCCCCAUGCCCUAAUCGUAGUCUCCCGCUAUGUAUGUUCCCCACUGCUCGUACUCUCCUUCUAAGAAGCGCCCACCUUUGUACAGCCUAUGUAGACUCGUCUGUAUCUGCCCAUGCCCUGCCAACACCUGUAUCAUAACUCCUGGCGGGCAUAUCAUCGAUUGCGCGAUUAGCCGUGCAAAUGCGUAAAAUGUACACAUAGUUUCACCAGUGUCGAUCGUGCGUUCAAAUGUGCAACAGUCUUGAAAUGAAUGAAAUGAACCAGAAA